GUUUAUGUGCUAUACAUUUCCCUGCUGAUUCACAUUACUAGUGGUUGCCAUGGCAAUCUAGAAUGACAACGGUAACUUAGAGUGAGGAGUUGAUUAAACAAAGCAAAUUGUGUAUCACUAAGAAACAUGUAGAAUUUUGCCGUGAUAAUUGAUAUUCACGAAUCAUUCUAUAAUUCAAUUACAACGUAACUAGGCGCAAUGCCAGAUAAUUAUCAAUCAAAUUUAAGUGUAUCGUUCAAAAUGGGUAACUUUCUUCGCCGUUGCCUCUCCCGGGUACAACCAGAUGAAUAAUUUAUUUCAAACUGUUUACAAUAGCAAUACUCUGCAACUUCUUAUUGUCGGAUUGGAAAACGUCGGAAAAACCGAAAUAGCUCACAAAAUAUGUGGUACUGAUCGCACUGAAUUUCUUCAAACUAAAGGAUGUAGAGUUUUCAACAGCAGCAUAGAUCCAUUUUCAGAGGGCGCUCAUGUUCGAUUAACUGAAGUUGGCGGUGCUCCAGAAUUUAGAGAUAUUUGGAAGUAUUACUUCCUAGAUGUUUACGGAAUAUUAUUCAUAGUUGAUGCUUCCAAUAUCAAUAAUAUCGGUCAGUCUUACAAAGUUUUUAAAAGUCUCAUGUCACAUGAUUGGUUGGUUGGUAAACCAUUCCUCAUUAUUGCAAAUAAGCAAGAUUUACCAGGUUCAGUAGAUUGUAUCGAUUUGUGUGAAUACUUCGACAUCGAACUCUUAGCGAAUAAAUAUCAAAAUCCAUGCAUGAUAGAGGCCUGCGGUAACUGGAAAGAUUCGGAUAACGAAUAUGAUGGUUUGCAGUUUGGAAUUAGUUGGCUGGUAAAUACGAUUAUUGAUAACAAAAAAUAUUUAAUGAACCGGAUAAACUUUCAUCGGCUUUCACUCGAGCAUAAAACUAACCUAUUCGCAUGUCAGCGGCCCUGUACGGGAAUAAGCCACAAGAACUCUGGAAUUGGUUUUCGAGAAACACGCCCGAAAACUGCACCAUCUGAUCAUCCAACUUGUGGUGCAAAAAAUGAUGAGAACUAUCUUCUCAAACGAAUGGGAUUGGUAUCUGUUAGAAGCGGCGAAGUUCGGACCAUUAAUAUGAUACUCUCUGAAGCAUCAAAUGGCUCAGCUGCCCUAACUGCAGUGAAAGAAGCCGUAGAAUGGAAUGAUGUGACAUCAAAUAUAAAUAAUACAGUUUCAGAAACAUUCGUCAUCAAAACUAACCAGUCUUAUGAAGAAUUAACUGUGGAAGACUUGUCUUUGACCAUAACAAAUGUGAAUAAUAAUAAAACUCUAAACGGGAUAACGUGAAUGGAUGAUGGUGCCAAAUAAGUAUGAAAAAUACUAAACUAACCUUUUUUUACAAUCAUGAAUUGAAUACCACACACAUGUAAGUGUAAUAAUAAAAUAGGUUUCAUUGGUUUUGCUGAGUAUGGAUUAUGGAGUUCGUCCCAGGCCCUAUUCC